AUGUGCAUCGGGGACAGAGAUCAGCAUGUCAAGGGGCAAUGCAAAGGCAAGACCGAAGGACUGAGGGACAGGUUGGUGGCCCGUGUGGCCCGUGUGGCCUCAGCCUUCGCACAUUUUCUUCAGGAGGUCAUAAAACCAGACAAAUGUUCGACAUCGUCGACAGAGGCAGAAUUUGAAGAAAAAAAUUCUUUGACAGACGUAGAGCUUGGAGAUAGAUUCCAAGAAUUUUGCGAUCUCAGAAUCAGUGAAGGUGCAGAUUUUGAUGAGGUGCUGCAGUGGCUGGUCGGUUGGCGUGUGCUGAUUAAAAAGCGCUCUGGUUAUGGGAUCCAUCGCUUCAUGGUAUCAGAUCUGGAUGGCAAGAAACCACCGCUGGAUGUGCAUUUCCUGUACCCCCUGCCGAAGUACAAGUUGAACCCCAGCAUGGUUCAAGCCGUUGGCAAAGGCCAGGGGAUCCCAAUGAACAGAAAAGACCAGCAACAUGCAAUGCUCUUUGCAGAGGAAGUGGAAAAGAUUCGGGAAGUCUGCCGGGAGAAGUUCGAAGUCAAGAAACCUUUGCCGUUGUACAAAAAGUCACCGAGGAGGCUGCACAAGAUCAGAGUGCCAGCUUUCAUCUCUGGGCAGAAUGUCAUGAUAGGCAACAGCCUCUACGUGAGGUCUCGAGGGUAUCCUCAGCAUCGUGGUUUCAUCCAUGCGGUUUGCCCAAAGGACUCUGCAGUGAUUGUUUCCUUUCAUCCCACCUUCCACAACAAGCCGCCCUUCACCGUUAGCUUCGGCAUCAACCGCAUCCCCUUCCUAAGCAAGCACCGGGCCGUGGACUUGGCGGAGAGAAUCAUGGCCCAACUGGAGAGCACUAAGCGAAUGAUCCAGCCACCAGCAGCGGCAGGGUGUGAUACACACCUGAACGUCCAGCAAAAGCAGUUCCUGGAUGCAAGCUUGCUGCCCUUGCUGAUGUGGGGACCUCCUCCCUUCGAAACCUUGCUGCCCUUGCUCCUGUGGGGACCUCCAGGAACGGGCAAGACGACCACUCUGGUCCGCACCAUUUGGACCAUCAUCACCAAGAACCCGACGGCAAAGGUUCUGGUCAGCGCGCCUUCAAAUGCAGCUGCCAAUUUGCUGUGCGAGCGCUUGAGUGAGUUGGGCAUACAGCCAGACAGGAUGUUGCGCUUGAUGGGCAUGUCACGGGAAGUUGCAUCAGUUCCAAUGGCAGUGCAACGCUUCACGUGCAAGGACGCCCUGGGAAACUUUGCUCUUCCCGACUUGGAGGCCUUGCAAAAGUAUCAGGUGAUAGUUUGCACGUGCACCACUGCAUCAUAUCUUCGUAGCAGUGUGCCGAAGGAGAAGCCUGGAUGGUUUUCCCAUGUCUUUGUGGACGAGGCAGCUCAAAGCAUGGAACCCGAGACAUUGAUCCCCUUGACUGUGGCAAAAGCACAGGCAUUGGUGUGUUUGGCGGGUGACGUCAAGCAGCUGGGUCCCCUUGUCAAAUCCAAGCUGGCCACGGACCAUGGAUUCCAAGUGUCUUUGAUGGAGAGGCUCUUCACGAGACUGACGAAAGAUACGAAAGAACAUUCACGUGUUUUCGUCCUUACGGACACCUACAGAAGUCAUCCAUCCAUCUUGAAACUUUAUAACCCGAUUUAUGAUGGACAACUGCAGUGUUGCAGCCCAAAAAGCAGCCGUGACAUGGUCCCAUUGAUGCGACACAUGAUGGGUGGGGCCAGCGGCCAUCCUUUGAUUUUCCACCACUGCGAUGGAAAGGAGUCCCAAAACGAAGAUUCGACGUCUUGGCAAAACAUCAAGGAAGGUGAAGUGGUGAUGAAUUACCUGAGGAAGUUGUUGGAGCUUAAAAUCCCAGCUGAAGAUAUUGGUGUGAUCACCCCGUACCAACUGCAGUGCGAGCGGUUGAAGAACUUGUGUCAAGCCGUGGGGAUAAAGGCGAAGAUUGGCACAACAGAACUUUUUCAAGGCGAUGAGAAGAGGAUCAUUUUGAUAUCCACAGUGCGUUCUCAACAGGGUUCCCUUGGUUUCCUGACCAACUACAAGCGCACCAACGUUGCCUUGAGCCGAGCCAAGUCCCUCCUGCUGGUGGUGGGGAACAUGAAGCUACUGUCGACGGACCAAACCUGGUCCAAUGCGAUCGGGUUCGCGAAGAACAUGGGGGCCAUGACGGGUGACAUCGGUGUUUUGCGUAAGUUUCAGGAUUCCAAGCGGUGGCUUCUUGUCAGAGAAAUUGCAGGUGCAUAUCAAACUGCCAACCAGAAGCAAAAGUGGUUAGAUAAUGCGGCCGGGACGUGUGAGUUCUGCCAGAAAGAAGAUUCCCGGCGGCAUCGCCUGCUUGAGUGUCCGAUUGGCAGUGAAGUGCGUGAAAGUUUUUCUGCUGUUAUAGACGACAUUUUGGAAGAUGAGUCGUUACUGCCAGAUUUUCCUGUCAUUACUCGACACCCAGAUCUUGAAGCUUUGCAGUUAAUGCAGUUUGCAUCUCCGCAGCCUGUGUGGGGACAAGCCAUUUGCACACAUGCCAGAAACAUGGUUGAUGAAGGUAUCACCUUGCACUGGUUCACGGACGGUUCAUGUUUGCAUCCGACAUGUAGGCACACACGACAUUCUGCUUUUGCUGUAGUUCUAGAUCUCUGUAAGACUGAUGAUGAACGUAGAGCCAUUUCUGAGCAGUACAGAGGAUCCACUUUGUCCAUCCCUACAUUUCAGGUAGUUUGUACUGCGCGUUGUCAAGGUGAACAAGAUAUACUUCGUGCAGAAGUGUCAGCCGUUGUCUCGGUGGCUGAAAAUGUAGGUCAUGGAGUAAUUCAUGUUGACAGUCAGGUGGCCAUCUCAAAUGUUCAACUUGCGUUGACAUCACUGCAUCCUGCUGCCUUUGCGGGAUGCGAACAUGUUGACUUGUUGCUUCGCUUGUGGAAGAUCAGACAUGGGGUUCAUAUACAGCUUGUUAAGAUCAAGUCCCACCAAGAUCCUGGCUUGAUUGAUGACCCCCUUUUGAGAUACUGGGCUUUAGGCAAUAAUCAUGUUGAUGCUGUUGCGCAAGUUGCUUGUUCUUCACUGAAUACGGCAUUGGUACAGCAGCUUGACUUGGUUAGGCAGGAUUUGAAGGUCGACAAGAAGAGGCUUGAAGCUGUUUAUGACCUGCAUAUUCUUUUACAAGAGGUGCGUAGACUAGCGACUGCAAACAAAGAAUCUGAAAUUUCUACGAAGCUGCAUGACCAUAGGGCGUUGUGCGCGGCUUUCAGUAACUGGACGGUUCAACCUGGUGUCUUUCAGCUUCAGGAACCUGAUUUGCGAUUGCUUGGCAGCUCUGCCUUUGGGGAAGAAUUUGCGAGACGCACUGUUGAGUGGAGUAGGCAUUUGAUUUGGCCAGACGAUGCUUCUGGUCCACUUGGAUGCAACACUGGCAUCACUUGGGUGGAAUUGGCACUAUCCUGGAUGCUUUUUAAUCAACUUUUCCUUCCUGUUCUGCGUAAAGAUUGCCUGGGUAUUAACAGAUUGUGUUUCCCUGGAGGAUAUGAUGGUGCUAAGCAAUACGGCCUCAGUUUUCUGGAGAGUGGCACCAUGGUGCAGAAGCUGCUCACCAAUACUGCAGGAUUGGUACCUCAGGAAAUCAUGCCUUCUGGAUUGACUCAUGGUAAGUGUAGUGCGUUGUACAGGCUGGGUAGUUGCAGGUUUUAUCAGGGUCUGGACCGACGUCCUCAGAUCCCUUUCCAAGCUGAGGUUGUGCAGUUGCUAGCUGCUGUGGUAGGUACUGGUAGAAAGGAGGCGUUGUCUGACACGCCGAAUUUAGCAUUCCCUGCCAAGCAGGACCAAGUGGCACGUGGCACUUGGCAGUUUCGACUCCAAACGUCGUCCUUGGCCAUGAAGACCGCCAGGAAACGGCGCAAGGAGAUAAUUAACUUCACCGCAGGGGGCAGCCAGCCGAAGCCAAAGGGUGACUGGUCUUCUUAG